GGAAAUUCAGAAUGUUGAGAAAACUCACUCGAACGGUCAUUUCCCCGCACCAUUACUUCAACCUACUCUCCUUUCGCGUUCAUUGCAAUAUCUGGAGAAAUUCUUAAACUAUGGCUCCGUUAGAACUCCAGGGAAAUGACGAUUAUGAAGCCAUCGCGCGAGCGGUUCAACCAGUUCCCCGCCAUCGAUCUCACGACCCCACAAACAACCAGAAGCGGACAGAUCCUUUCCAGUUCGGCUCGCGCUAUCUCGAAGAAGGCGACGAUAUUUUCGAAUUCAACGCUUGGGAUCACGUUGAAACUGACGCUGACUAUCGAGAAUACGCAGAGCUUCAAUACUUAAGGCAGAAAGAGUCACCGGUCCCAGAGGACGCUCGUGACAAAUACAAUGCGAACCCUUCCAAAUUCUGGAAUCUAUUUUACAAGCACAAUACGAGCAAUUUCUUCAAGAAUCGCAAGUGGCUCCAGCAAGAAUUCCCGAUCUUAGUGGAGGUUACUCAACCCGACGCGGGUCCUCAGGUUAUUCUGGAAGUUGGCGCAGGAGCAGGCAAUUCCGCGUUUCCAAUUCUUGCGAAUAAUAAGAAUGAGCAACUAAGGCUGCAUGCGUGCGAUUAUUCUAAGAAAGCAGUGGAGGUUAUGCGCAAGAGUGAGCAGUAUGAUGAAAAGUAUAUGCAAGCGGAUGUAUGGGACGUUUCGGCUGAGGGCGAGGAUUCUUUACCCCCUGGCCUAGGUCCGGAUUCUGUUGAUGUGGUCGUGAUGAUUUUUAUCUUCUCCGCCCUCUCACCCAGCGAGUGGGGCCGCGCGUUGAAGAACAUUCACCGGGUUCUAAAGCCCGGUGGCCAUGUGCUUUUCAGGGACUAUGGGAAGGGGGAUCUCGCACAAGUGCGCUUUAAAAGCGGUCGGUGGAUGGGUGAAAACUUUUAUGUGAGAGGGGAUGGAACGCGAGUAUACUUCUUUGAGAAAGAAGAACUGGAGCACAUCUGGGGUCGAUGGAGCCCCCAAAAUGGAAUUCCGGAAACUAGCGAGAGCAAGGUUGCAGGUUCUGCAGACACAGCUCCGGAGUCACCAGAUGAUGCCGGAUUUGAAAUAUUGGCGCUUGGAGUUGACCAACGACUGAUUGUUAAUCGACAACGGAAAUUGAAAAUGUAUAGGUGUUGGAUGCAGGGCCGUUUUCAGAAAAAGAAGGUCGAAUCGCAGCAGUCCAGCACGCGCAACCCUGAUAGCCAGAAAGUUGAGCUUCCAAACUGAAUGGUCACUAUGCUGUUUUGCAUUAUACACCAUCGUUUCGAUAGACGGUUUAACUAGAAUCACGGCCUUACGGCACUUGGAGUUACGGCGCUGUGCUCAGUUACGAAAAUGCAAUUUAUGCGCUACUCGAAGUUAACAAUCCUGGCCAUGAUCACCUAGACAUCUUCGACGCCGUUUAAUUAACCAUUUGUUCUUCUAUCGAUUUAUUCUCACCACUCAGGCGUCUCAUAUAACAAGCGAUCGCAGCACCCUACAAUCUCAUCCAGCUAAGAACCAAAUCAGGACCAGGCAAACCGGGCAAACGCGAGUACCUACUGUCUACCUCAAUACAUCAUAUUCCAUUCGGCUCUUUUUCAGCCAGCUUGCAAGAAGAUAAUGAAACACUAUGAACUACGACUUUCUAUGAGGUUUUGAAAAGUAGGAUUAUCUACUCCAAUAUAGAAGCAUACAUAGAGUAUAGAUAUACUUUGAAUACAAUCUAAUAUCUAACAGAA